AAAUAAUAAAAUAGUUCGUGCGGAUGCAAGUGAUUGAGUGCUUAGUUAGUUAAGUUUAAGAUUAAGAAUUUAGGUUGUAUGUUAUGAUUUUUUACAGUGAAGGUCAAAUUGUACGGAAAGUAUUUUGGAGUAUCAUAUGCAGUAGUCUUUACGAUACAGUUUCCGAAAGAAUCUGGUAAGACACGUGUCUUGUUGGUCAGGCAGUGUGCGUGUAACUAGAAGAUGGCAAUGUAGCCUUGGCCUAACCAUGAACCUUGGUUCUCAGGUUUAGACUGUGUAUAAUGAGGAUAAAACUGUUUCAGAGAUCUUAACCUGACCUUGUAUGACAAACUAUCCUUCUCAGGUAUCAUACUAGUGGCCCUCCUCUGAACUCUCUCCAACAAUUCAUUGUCCUUUUUAAGCAAGAACAUCAGUUGAAUCAAAACACCUAAAACACUGUAGUGGAUUUGAAGUUCAGGCACUUAAUCAGGUGACCAUUUGCUGUGCUUAUAAAUAAAUAAAAGCAAGACCGGGGUACUAUACAGUCAAUCAGUGUGAGCAGCAGUGUCAGACAUGGCAGCACCUGGUGUUGUAACGUUAAACCUUAGCCAAGUGCCACUGGUCCUUCAGCAUGCUGGUACUUCGUACAAUGCCUUAGGACAAACACAAACAUUGAUAACUCUGCCAGCAACUAAUCCAACUUCAAACAGUUCAGAUCAGGUGCAGACAUUAUUGUUGCCCUUAAAUAACUCUGAUCCAGCACAGGGUACAACACUAAUGACUUUUCCUGUACAAGGGCAGUUAGUUUCUGCAGAAAAUUUCCAAAUCCUGUCUCCGAAUAAUAUGCAAGCCUUAGUGCCAGUAGUAAACUGUAAUACUCAGGGUCAGGCUCUGCUUCUACCAAGUAGCAGUACUCUUCUUAGUACCCAAAAGAAUGUUCAGACAGCCAUAUUUACAGAAUCACAUUCUGAAGAACAGAGUAGACAGAUGCAGACUUCAGUUCUUUCAUCAACUGAUGCUAUUUCCAAGCCUUCACAAAAGAUAGAAACUGUUGUCCUUCCAGCAGGCACAAGCAUUGUUGAAAGCUCUCGUUUGGUAGAAAUGAGUAAUUUGGCUGAAAGUCAGGGUGAAGUGAUUGCAUUAGGUUCUCAAGAAUCUACAAGUUCAAUAAUUGAAAGGAUGGACAGUACAGCUGAUGAAUCAGAAAUGCAAAUUCAGACUGUCUUAUUGCCAUCAUCCAGCUCCUCUGGAACAGUUAGACAAGUACACACCCUUCUUCUCCCAGUAAAUGAAGUUCAGAAUGGUCAAGAACUUCAUGCCAGUGUUCAACCAAUGUUAGUUGCUGUCAGUAGAAACUCUGCAAAUCAAGCACAGCAAGUUUUUGUGUCUGGAAAUAUGUCUUCCGCUUUGUCUCUCAGUCAAGUGAUUUCAGUUCCUAUCACCAAUGUAGUUGUAGCUAAAGAUCCUCAAUCCAACCAGAUUGAGCAGUCGUCAGUUACAUCAGCAGGUGCUCAAGCCUCAAAUUCCAGUAAUGUCAUGGUUUAUCUUCCACAAGAAGGCCUACUUGUUGAAGUACCAAACUUGCAGCAGGAUAAUAGAAUACGACAGUGGUACCAAGAUUCGGAACUGGCUACAAGAGGCUUAACAGCUUUGACCCAAGUUGUAACCCCACAUUUGAGUCUGGAAAAUAUAUCGCUGAACAGUCCUUCAGAAAGUCCAGUUCCUCAAGUGGUUCACCUUGUACAGCUCGAAAUUGAAUCAGAGAAUACAAAUUUAUGUGAAGAGAAUGAUGAAAGUGUUAUUCGUGGAUGGCUAGAAGACAGCAACAUUACAUCACAAGCUCUAGCUGCUUUGAAUCAUCAUUUGAGCAAUGAGGAAGCAGAGACUAACAAAAAAUGUAGCUGUACCAGUUCAGCUUUCCUGUAGCUAUCAACUUGGCUUUAAUAAGAAUUUGUGUAUAAUGUAAUUUGAGUCUGUUAGCAUUAUAUGAAUCAUAGAUUAGUUUAAGGUUCUGUUUAGGAUUGUUUAUUAACAAGCUGAAUUCACCUAUUUAGUGAUGCCUGUGGUAUCAGCAUGUUACAUGGGACAGUUGCUAGAUGUGUUUGUUGUAUUAAUUACUGAGGUAUUUUUGUAUAUUGUGUGUGUGUGUGUGGAAAGAAGACCGUAUAUUACUUUGUAAACAAUUAUGCUAAAAAUGAAAUAGCUAUGUAUUGUAAUGGAGACAAAUCAUUGUAAAUAAAUUUGCUGAAGCAAUA